AUGACGCCCUCGCCUACGAACGCGGAACGAACGGAUCUCGGGAUGGUGGGGACGUUGAGCGAUGAAGAGACGACAUCACAGCCGACUGGCUUCCUCUCCCUCCCCGACGAGCUCAUCGCCCGCAUCUACGCCUCGACCCUCGCCCUCGACAUUCGCAUCCUUCCGAUGGAGAACCCGUUCGAGAAGUGGAAGACCGCCUUCGUCAACCGUCGCAUCUACGAGAUCGCCAAGCCCGUCUUUCUCAGUCACAUCGCCGUUGACGACGCCGGCGAUCCAGUGCCAAUGGUUCUCGCCUUCCUCGCCAGACAAGCUGAGCCGCUCCGCACGACUUGCAGUCUCCAUCUUGAGGUCGAGGUGCCUCUGCUUGUACUCGCCGCCGCCCUCGCGCCUCGUCUGUUCCCGAACCUUACCUCCCUCACAUUCGUCUCUUCGCGCCACGACGACGGCGACGACCGCUUCAUCCUCCCUCGCCAAGCCACCGAGAUCAUCCCGCACUUUCAGCAGCUGCGGCACCUCGAUAUCGAGUGUUACGAUUCGCUGGCCGACGAGACCUUUACUUUGAGCCAACUUCCCUGCCUGCAAUCGCUGCGGCUUAGGCGAUCAACGACGAACGAACUUGGCAUCCAGCUGCUGCGUAACACCACUGGCACGGCACUGUCCAAGUUGGAGAUCUACUCGCAAGACACCCUCCCCGCGGAAUUGUCCUUGCCCUGGGUGAAACUGUCCGCCCUAACUCUGCAGUUCUGGGACGAAUACGCAUGCUACAAAGCACUGCGGAAAGAUCUUGAGCGCACGAAAUCGCAUCGCGGUCAGUUUCCGCUUCGCAUGCUCGACGUCAACGCGCCUUGGAAGGAGGUCAGCUUGAGUUCCGUCAAGGCCGAGCACCCGCAUGUCAAGGCUUUCGUCGGCUUUCUCAAGGUUGUCUUUCGGCGAGCUCGCGUCUCGCGCCUCAAGAUCGAAGGACUCACGUCUUGGCCGCCGCAACUCGAGCUGUUGCGGAACGAGGGCUCAAAAGGCUUGAGUUGCGAUGGACUGCCUCGACGCGUUCUUCCCCUUCCUUCCCUUCAUCAUAUCCUCUCCUGCUUUCCCAAGCUCGCGCACUUCGACCUCGACAUUCGCUUUCUCCGCGAGUGUCUCGACGGCGACUGGCUUUACCGGAACGGAGACCCCGCCUCGCCUCUUGCCGACAUCUUCGAGCCUAAUCUCGCAUCGCUUGUACGGUACCUACGCUCAACAACGAUUGUCCACUUCGCCUUCCGUCCCUCGCGCAUCCCGGACGACCCGGACGACAAAGUUCAGCUGCGGUGGACGCGGACGUCGCCCGAUGCGGACUUUGUCUAUUCGAAGUGGACGUGCAAGCACUAG